AUGUUAAUCAGAUUAACGACUUCAUAUGGGGGAAGGGGGUUCAACGGGACUUACAAUCAGAGUUCCUACCCACAAGGCUGCAGUAAGCUGAUUGUAGCGCAGGAGAAGAACCAGACCGUCAUUGGUACACGCUUCACUAAGGGGAAUCCAACGACAGUUAAACGUCUCUUCUGCUACUGGGCCAUCAGUGCGCCGUCUGCUCCUAUUGGGAGUAUAAUAUCUGUUAACAUGGUGAGCUUAUCGACUGACCCGUCCGGCAAGUCUUUUGUAGCCGUAUACCAGGGCACGCAUGCCGGAGACCCCAUGGUGGGGAGGUUCUAUGGUACCACAACCCCGGGGGUGCUACGUAUCCAGGGCCCCAACGUGUACAUUAUCUACCAGUCUGAGGAGGACACACUUAGGACGGGGUUCCAAGCCAGAGUCAACUACUGUCGUCCAUUUUACUACGGCACUGACCUGUGUACGAACCUGUGUAAAUGUGUACAGGCCAACUCCGUGUCAUGUAACAGUGUCAGUGGAGCGUGUACCUGUAGGUCGGGGUGGGCGUCCACUGACUGCUCUGUUGAUGUAGAUGAGUGCCUGCAGAACCCGUGCUUGCUCACGCAGAAAUGUGUCAACCUGCCGGGCACCUACAGGUGUGAUAUAGAUUGUACUACAACCUUAAAUGGACCGUUUGGAGCCAUCAGCACAAUUCAGUACCCGACCUAUCCACUCAACAACGCGCAGUGUGAUUGGUCAAUUACAGGUGGUGCUAGUGAAGUUGUUUCAUUAAGCAUCGCUAAAGGAGACUUUCAGUUGAUGGAAACGGCCUACUGCUCCUACGACUCUCUUAACUUCUUUGACGGGGAGGUCAACACGACCAACCAGAUCGGCCGUUACUGUGGCACCAGGAUCCCUGGACUCCUCAGGACAACAAAGAACUUAAUGAACCUGCAUCUCCAGACGUGGUACUACGGCUCACGGAAGGGGUUCUCCGGCUUCUACAACACGCACGAAUGUAAGGAGUUCACAUGGGGCACCAAAUGCCAGAGACCCUGCACCUGUGCACGCGACAACACCAAGUUCUGCGACAACAUCAGCGGUGUCUGCGUGUGCAAGACGGGCUGGACCGGCACCAACUGCGACGAGGACGUCAACGAGUGCCGGACCGGAAAGUGUCCGGAAAACCAGGCCUGCGAAAAUAUUCCGGGAGGUUACCAGUGUUCUUGCCGGCUAGGUUUCGUAAAAAAUUCAGCCGGAAACUGUGUAGGAAAUCAAGAAACCUGCGUACUGGCUUCAGGGAAACGGUGCUCACAUUACUGCUAUAAAAGUAACAACACAGUAGUCUGCGCAUGCCCAGAAGGUAUGGAGAUCGCCAGUCUGUUGGACCAAUGUGUUGUAUCCCUCUACCCGUACGGUGAGGCGAGCGGAGAUUUGACAAGGUCUAAAAACUUUACGAAGAAAACAGAUGCGUACUAUGGAGAAGUAAAGUUUAGUGCUGAAAUUCCCUUCGCUGAAACAACUGUCACCACUGCGUAUAUCCACAACGCCGGCGUCAUCAGUUUUGGCAGCCCCGACAUCAGCAAGUCUCCGACAGACGACGCCACCAAGCUGCUGCUGAAGGUCUUCUGGCCCAACGCCAGCCCCUCCAGUGAAGAGAUCUACUACCACGUCUACGAGAAGUGCGAGCCGUCGGCGUAUCUCGAGGGCGACUUGCGAUAUUCGCCAGACAGGCAGACUGUCAUGGACAGGGCGGCCAGAGAUGUUAUUAAGAUGACGUCAUGCGCUGACUUUGAUGUAAACGUUGUUGUUGUGGCGACUUACGUCAACUUUUCUAGUGUAGCGCAGCAAUCUCGGGCUACAGUGAAGAACACGUUUCAAGCUAUUUUCAUCAGUGGGAAUAGAAAGGAAUCUAGUAGUGACCAAAAUUUCUUGGCUGAAGAAACGUCCUACGUGUUCUACCUGUAUCCUAAAGACAGGAUGCAAUGGUGUAAUGCAGGUGUUCAGGUCGGUGUAACUGCUGGCAGGUUUACAACCUUAGUUCCAGGCAUCACAGCCUCUUGGCACAAAGCCUCAGACUUCAAGCAAAUCUUCUCCUACAAGGUUGGACAAUCCCCCGCCACCAGCCCUGCCCAGCAGUGCCAGAGAUACGUGUGUAAAAACAGCCGUCAGAUAACCAACCCAGUUUACCGUCAAGAGAUAGAACAGCUGUACAAAUGUCCGUGUACACUCGACCGCCUGGGUUUACAGUGGACCAUCUAUGAACAACGUAGUCCGAACAUUUACUGUUUUUCAAUAAGUUUAGUGGCAAAAAGAAGGCUGCUUGUAUCUAACCCCAGGAAUAAGCUGUGCUGCUACAGGUGGGACCGACCAGCUGACACCAGCGACUGGCAGGUCUGGGGGCAGCAACUGGCCCUCGCCACGUUUGUCCACGGCUCGCCGGAUGCUGGUCACGUGGUGGCCGGGGACCCAGACUGGUACGAGGGGGUCCGUGAGAACAUCGACGCCCACCAGUGGUGCUGUAAGGACGCCAACAAGGCUAAACUGUGUGAGAGAUUCGACAAGAUCUACCCUGAUAUGGAGUGCUCGUAUGAUGUACAGUUCGUUCCGGGUAGGGAAAUCAUAUAA